AUGGACGUACGCACGGAAAGGCCGAGAACGGCCGGCAGAAUCGCGCCGACCGGAAGGGUGACGCCGACCGUUAACCAAAAUGGCGGCGGCAGAAGAAAGGCCAUCCCGGUCCCGCCGCCGAGGGUGCCGACUCCGAUGCCGGUGGCGAACAACAACCAGCAAAGGAACAACGCGAACACGGUGGCGCCCUCGGCGGUGACGAUGCAGAAGAAGGAGCCGCACGAGAACAUCGCGAGGAUCGCGAAGAGAUACCUCGAUGACAACAUGCAGCAGGCCUGGAUAAACCCCCGGCUAAUUUCAAUGAUAAACAUGGAAGCCGUGACGUCGACGGACUACGACUCUAACCUGAGUCGGAACUUCAACCAGGUGGGCUUCAACACGUACAAUUACUCGCACUUCGAGGAGAAGUACAAGCCAAAGCAGUCCUUCAAGUACAGCGACGAGUACGGGGACUACGGUCGUUACUCGACAAGGUUCGUCCAGAACGUUAGGGCACCCUUGAGGCACUCCCAGGAGGGAACGUUAAGGUUCGACCAGCGUUUCUCGAGGAGUCACUCCCAGCCCGAGCGGCAGCACCACGUCCAGCACGAGACGAGGUCCAGGUCUCAGGACCCGGGAGAGCAGUUGACAAUCUACCAGAUAGACCCUCCGCUAGGUCUGGACAGCCAGCACCCGAAGUCGCACCGCCCCCCCAUCGACAAGCAGUCCGGGAAGAAGGAGUUGACCUUCUACGAGAUCGAGGGUCCCCAGCUGCAGGAGAAGGCGAAGGAGGUGAGAUUCGGCCAGUCGGAAAAGGUGGAAAAAUUAGAAAAGCUGGAAAAGUCCGAGAAGAGGGAGAAGCUCGGUGCGGUCCCCCCUAAGUGCAACGGGUACAACAAGGAGAAGUCCGGGAGCGUCCAGGAUCCACGUCAGACAGGACCCCCCAGCUACCAGCUGAACCGGUCGCAGUCGGACCUGACGGAGUCCCAGCUGCCGACCUACCCCGGCGUCCACCGGCACCAGGACAACCCGUACAUCGACCCGCCGAAGUACCGGCAGUUCGACCGGCCGCCGAAGUACCAGGAGACGCCCCCCAGGUCGGACGCUCCCCCGAAGUACUCCGAGGUGAUCAGAAGGCAGGAGGACCUGAAACGCGCGCAGGAGGAGAGGGGUCGCCGUCAGUCAUCGGGCUUGCGCUCGGGCGGCGGCGGGGCGGGGGGCGCGGGGCCCUCGUCGGGGGAGCCGGCGGGCAGCGGCGUCAGUGUCCCGGCGGUCGCGCGCGAGGCAGGACCGAGGGCGAGCGCGGCGCGGGUGCAGCGGUCCGCGGGUCACGCGAGCAGCAGCCACGCGGGUCAGAGGCCGUCCCCGGAGGAGGCGCCCGAAGCGGAGGAUGCCGAGCCGCCCCAGGUGAGAUCCGACACCCCCAGGGGGACGCCGCGCGGCGAGGACAGGUUCAAGGGCACCGUAGACUCCCUCCUCAAGGCCAGCGAGGCCGUCCAAGGUCGCCUCUCCGAGAAGUCCAUGCUGAAGCUCGAGAAGCCCAAGGCUCCCCACGAGGGCGCCAAGGUCCCCGAGAAGAUGAAGCCCGGCCAGGAGUUCAAGGUCGAGCUCGCCAAGGCCAAGGAGGCUCUCGGGUUCAAGGUCGAGAACGUCACCUACUACGGGGAGCUCAAGGGGUACGACUACAAGUCCUACGGGAACAUCGACGAGCCCCUGGCAGGCUUGGACAAGACAUACGACAAGGCCCACGACAAGGCGGCCGCCCUUAUCAAUGCCCAUCUCGGACACCCUGAUAAGACCCAGCAUCAGGCCCACGAUAAGGGCCACCUCAAGGUCCCCCAGGGAUACGGACCCGCCAAGAUGCCGGACAAUCCGGGCCAGAAGGCCCUCUACGGCGAGAAGUACUCCGAUCAUUACUAUCACAGGACCUCUCACGCUAAGCCCAGUCCUUAUCACCAGGUGUACCAGGAGACCAAGUACUCCUACAGCGUCAGCGGGGUGCCCGGGACUCCUGCCCAGGCCAGCGCCGCGGCGGCUUUCUUCGCGAGGGCCGCGCAGAAGCUGAACCUCUCGUCGAGUCCUCACCGGAGACGAAGAUCCGGCGACGAGAACAUCGGCCAGGACGAGCAGCCAUUUUUCCCAAACGGAUAUGCAGCUCUUCUCCUGAAAUCGCCACCCCCUGCGCCUCCCGCCCUACUGCGCAGGAUAGGCGUCAAGGAACUCACCGGCGUGGGGAAGGUGAAAGUGAUGUUACGAGUGUCCACGGGGGAUGGGGGGAGUUUUUUCAACGCCGAUAAGAGGAAGAAACAGGUGACUCUGGUGGACCCAGCAUCCGCACAAUCAUCCACUGCGGAUGAUAGACGACCGACCGUCGCCGCCCCCAAGAUGUUCGCCUUCGACGCCAUUUUUACGGAAGAGGACUCCCAGACGGAGAUCUGCUCGAGCGCUUUGACGGAUGUCAUCCAUGCUGUCAUCAACGGGACAGAUGGAUGUCUCUUCUGCUUUGGACAUGCCGGCUUGGGGAAAUCCCACACGAUGUUGGGCACCCCCGAGGCCGGACACACCCUCGGAGCAAUUCCAUGUGCAAUUGCCUGGCUCUUUCGUGGAAUUGCCGAGCAGCGUCAGAAAACUGGAGCGAGAUUCAGCGUGAGGGUCAGCUGUGUGGAAUUGAACACCGGUGGUCAGCAACAACUUCGGGAUCUUCUGGCUGCCCAUGCGAAUGACUCGGAGCAGUCGCCAGCUGUAUAUCUCCGGGAUGAUCCGCUUUUCGGGACCCUGCAGCUGCAACAGCACAGCGAGCUACGUGCACCGACUGCCGAGAGGGCUGCUUUUUACCUGGACGCUGCAGUUGCAGGACGUCAGAGAGAAGACGGCGACGCGCACAUGCUGUACACGUUACACGUGUACCAGUACAGCGUGGCAGGGAAAGGAGGAGUCGCCGGGGGCCGAAGCAGACUGCACCUGAUGGACCUGGGGAACUCGGACCGCGGAAAGUCCUCCGGAGGCAUCCCCUUGUCGGGCCUGGGCAACAUCCUGCUGGCCAUCUUCAACGGGCAGAAGCACCUGCCCUACAAGGAGCACAAGUUGACCCAGCUGCUGAAGGAGUGCCUUGGGUCGCUGACGUGCCACGCGGCGAUGAUAGCCCACGUGUCCCCAAACGCUCAGCACUACUCGGAGACCCUGACGACGGUGCAACUGGCGUCAAGGAUCCACAGGAUGCGCCGGCGGAAGAUCAAGUUCGUCGGCGGCGGUACCCAGGGAACCGGAAGCGGGGGCAGUUCCGGGGAAGAGGCAGCGAGACAGACCAGCGAGUGCGACCCCAGCUCCAGCGACCUCUCCGCCGACACAGUCAUCUACGUAGGUCCGGGUGCCGACGACGCCACGGAUGGAGAACACCCUCCGGUGUACCUGCCGAGUCUGAAUUCGGGUGACAACAGGUGCGCCAUGGGGAAGGUCCUGCGCGGUUCGGCCGCGGAAAAGCCCAGCAAGAUCCCGGAAGAGCGGAGCCCGGCUCACAAGGCGACGAAGGUGAUGAAGACCCUGACCCAAACCGCGUCGAAGCAAACCUCCCCCGCGCACAGCAUAACUCCGAAGGCCAGUCCAGCCAGGAAGUCCUCGGUGAAGGUGCCAGGGUCCAAGAUCACGGACUCCCCUGGGAGCAAGAUCCCCGUCGCGGCCCCAAGUGGAGGAUCCGACGAGCAGUGGAUAGACGGACCCAGGAUCUCCAAGUCCAAGGUGGCAGAGGCGAGGCACAUGCUGAAGGACCCUCACCACAAGAAGGAGACCUGGGUGGACGGCCCCAUGCAGCUGACGGGACCUCCUCUCCACGGCCAGCACUCCUCUUCCGGAUAUGGGUUCAUGGACAGCCAUAAGAAGAGCAUGAUCAGGAAGUGGGUGGAGAAUCAGUCCUCCCAGAUCCAGCGCACCAAGCACGGGGCGUCCAGGAUGGAGGCCAAGAUGCCGCAGACCUCGUCGACCUCGCAGUACAAGGAGCUGACCACCUUCAAGAGCUGCGACGACGACGACAGGUCCUCCACCACCAUAGAAAGCGAUGGACUGAAGUUUAACGAGAUCGAGGAUAUCACCGAGAAAUUGGGGGCGAAACUGAAUCUGAUGAACGUCAAGUCCAACACCGAUUCCGGGCUGGACUUGACCGCCAGUCCCGUCAUGGACGACGGGACGGACAAGGAGAAGAUCGAGGUCCAGGAAGACGAGGACGAUGACGAGGAGAUCGUCGUCCCUCCACCUUUACCGCUUAUAGAGCCGCUUAGCAAUGGGGUCAGUAGAGAAGUCUCGAUGGAGAGUCUGAACCUCUCGCACAAGGACGUCGUUUUGCCGUCGAGGCACUCCCUGAGCUCCGAGGACGAGAUCCUGGAAAUCGUCGAGGUCGAGGACCUGGAACCGGUCCCUAUGCAGGACUCCUGUCUCCAGGUCACCGAGGAAGACAUCGCUCUCUGCAUGGGGGAGAAUCCGCUCCCGGAAAGCGACCAGGAGGAGCAUCCCCUGAGGAUACUCAGCCAGGAGAACCUCACCGUCGUGUCCACCUUCACCGACUCCAUGUCGGUGAUGUCGGACACCGAGAGGUACAGACCGCACUACCCACCCCCGGUAGGGGCGGGGGUGCUGCCCCGGCCGUACUUCGAUCACGAGGACUUCCUCGAGCAAGAAACCAGACUGAAGUUCGAUCAGUUGGCUCGCCUGCACGAACUCUACCAGAGCAAACUUGCCCUGGCCAACGUCUCCAACUCGGCGACCUACCAAAGGGAGAACUCCGUCAGCGUCCGAGAUACCCCAUCCGCCGGGGUCUUCCGUCCACCGUCUCGCUGCCAGUCCCUCUCCUUGUCGGACGUCCUCUUCAACGACAACGCCAGCAACCACGGGAGCAUAUACAGCGAGCCCGCCUACACCGCCGGGAAGUCAGAGCAGGAGAAGAUCUGCGACAACUGCCGACAGAGCAUGUCGAGGCCGGCCACAGCUUCCUACUGGUACCCCAGCAGCGUGGCCCACUUGGCGAGUCCCAGAAGGUACUGCGGGAAAUUAGGGGAGUGCAACAUCUCCAGCCUGAGGCACCCCGACGGCGCGUCCAACCCAAACUUGAAGGAGGAGAUCGAAAGGAUACCGGGGAACGGCGCCUCCGGCUCGGACCCCGAAGAGGAGUACGUCGAGGCGAAGAAGCUCUUCACAGCUGCCGAGAGACCCGAGAGGACGGUCACUGGGAAGUCCGACAUCGAGGAGGACGUCAAGCUCCCAGCUCCCGCUCCGCUGCAGCUGUCCAUGGGAACCCUGGUGCCCUCUUCGGGGCGCAUGCAGAGGAAGAUCCUCGGCCUGGGCUCUUCCCUAGGUCUGAACAAGGAAGGAUACGACUCCGGAGCCGACUCCACCCCACGUGCUGCCAAGCUCUCCCCGGCGACGCUGUCAAGGCACAGAGCCGAAAGCUCCGGAUACGACAGCAUCGUCAGGGACAGCGAGACCAGCAGCAUAACCAGCGACUCCUCGCGGCAGACCAGCGCUCUCCAGGAACACCAAGCGGUGGGACGCCGGGCGGCAGGAUGCGCGGCCCGGGCGCGGGCGCGACCGGCCGCGCCUCCCACGGGAAUCCUCGCCUACACAGGCGAGGACGUGGCGAUCCUGGAGCGGCGCGCAAGGGUGCGCUCGGACCCUCGUGGCACGACGUCCAGGAUACACAGCCUUCGGCUGCGCCAGCGCCUACUUAGGCAGGAGCUCAGGUUGGCCAAGCGGCGCCUGAUGGUGCCGGACGAUCGCUGGAGUUUCGAGCUGCACGUCGAAGACAGCAUGGACUGGCGGGACCCGUCCUUCCUGGAGGCCCUGGAGUCGGAGACGUACAUCCUGCAGAAGAGGGUGGAGGCUUGCAAGAGCCACGUGCUCCUGAUCACCUGCUUCGACGCCGUUCCCAGCACCCUCCGACCUGGACUAGUCCAUCCACCUUCUAGGAUUGAGAUUACCUAA